UUAGUUCACGCAGAGACACCGAUUCAUGAGUGGAAAGUCCCUGGUGUAAAGGCUCCGUUCACACUUCACGUAAAGCGAGACGACCUAACUGGCAGUACGCUUACUGGAAACAAGGUUCGAAAGUUAGAGUUUUUGUUGGCAGAUGCUUUGGACAAGGGUUGCAAGCACAUAAUUACGUGUGCUGGAAUGCAGUCUAAUCAUUGUAGAGCCACAGCGGUGGCGUCAGCUCAAAUGGGAUUGAAAAGUCAUCUAGUGGUUCGAUCCAAACUGAAGGUUAGUAAUGCUAGAAGUGUGGAAUCGGUACGCAAGCAAAGUUGCUCUUAG